CCUGCGGGAGUUGUACCUGUACAGGGGUAUCCGGCUAAGCCCACACUUACUUUUCCAAUCAUUAUCCGUCCAAGAGCAACCCCCACAAUCAUAAUUUCGAAAACUUACAAAACUCCAGCUCAAUUAUUGAAGCAACCAUGUCUCCUCAAAGCAAACAGAGCAACAACAUCACUGACAAGGGGGAAGAUUCCACCAAGAUGGUCCAGCAAGAAUCCUUGAAAGAUCCAGAAAGAGCUUCGAAGGGGAACGGCAUUGGUGGCAAAUCGGGCAAAGGCACCAAGAAAGUUGACCUCGAGGCUGGAGAUUUCCUCGAUGGCGAUGAUGACGACACGAUGGUCGAUAGCUCUGACAUGCUCUCCGAAGAGCUUAAGGUCCUUGGUGAAGAUGACAGCAAGGUGAUGCAAGCACAGCAGAGUGACGGGAUCGUCCUCAUUAUCAAGGCAAACAUGGCGAUCCUGCUAGUGGCAAUUGUGCUCCUGAUCCUGGGACUGGCGGGAUUCUUCGACGGAUCAAUCCCAGGUGACACUGUCGAUGGAAAGGAACCCAACCUCUCUGGCUCUCCUACUCUGGGACAGAUCAAAGAACGAGGGACAUUGCGUUGUGUCGGCAACUGGGCAGCCAAUGCUCCCAUUUCGCGCUUUGAUGACGCCUUGUGCGAGGUCAUUGCAGCUGCGGCAUCGGUGAAAGUUGAGUUUGUCAACUCCGCCAAAGAACACUUGUUCUCGGAUCUUCAGCAAGGCAAGCUGGACUUGAUCACCAGUGCGACUCAUCGUACCAUGGAGCGAGAAGUCUUCGAGACAUCCCAACAGACCAAAAGUGGUUUCUCCUUUAGCAUGCCUUAUCUCUAUGGAGGUCUUCGUGUCGGAGGCGAUCCUUUCUUCGUGGACUGUGCCGAAGACAACUUCAGAAACUGGAACGAAUGCAGCGACCUCAAGGUCUGUGUUGACGCCACGAAUGCCGACGACAUGGAUGUUUUGGCACACCACCUUCCACAAAGUCAUAUUGUGCCUUACGACACGGAGGACCUUCGCCAUGAUAUCCUCGGUCGAGAUUGCAAUGUCAUUGUCAUGUCCGGUUUCGACUCGGUAGAGCAAUUGUUGCUGGAGUAUGCCGUAUCCAAAGGCCACGAGGAUGUAAAGAUUGGUACUCGGUACUUCUCCAAGCACCCCAUUUCGAUCGUCACACGAUCAAAGGACCCUGUUUUCUCCGACUUUGUCAACACCGUUUUGCAAGUGCUGUUGGCAGCCGAAAAACGUGGCAUCACCCAGGAAGUGGCAGACUUGUUCCCUUAUACCGAGUUAUUCGGUCCAGAGUAUCGCAAGAUGUCCACGCACGCCCUGGAACGUUUAGGCAACUUCCAAGAACUCUUUCAUCACACGAUGCCCAUGUUCUCUCCUCGUGCUGGAUUGAACAAGAUCAACGACGGAACCACAGGUCUCCUGUACACCCCCCCAUUGGGGGAUAUCGAGAAGGAACGAGGUGCUGAGGUACCUCUGGGACCAAUUCUUCAAGGCGUGUUGGACCGAGGCCAGCUACGAUGCGGGGUACGACCUUCCCGCCCUGGAUUUUGCACGACACAAGUAGAGUCAACACCAGACGAUACUCUUGCUUCCUUCUCCGGAAUGGAUGUUGACUACUGCCGUGCUUUGGCUGCCAGCCUAUUUCAAGGGGAUGCAAAUGCAGUGGCUUUUGUGAAGCUGGAUGGUCCUGCCGAGGGAUACCAACUGCUUGCGAGCUCAGAGAUUGAUGUCAUGGCUGGUGCCGAGUGGAAUCUUCGAGAUGAUGUCAAAGAGCCCACUACAAACGUCGGAUAUGCGUUCACUUCUCCAUACUUCUACGCGAAAGUGAGACGUGUGGGCCGCCAAGAUAAUUAUUGCUUGGUAACGAGGCAAGAAGACCAUGAUUGGGCCUCGUUUGUCUCAUGGGCAGUCUCUGCCAUGGUUCACGCCGAGUCGAAGGGCAUCUCACAGCAAACCUCUGGUCAAAUGAACGAGGUAUUUGCUUUUGGGGAAGGAUUCCACCGAAUGUUCCGAGAUGCUGUGCAGGCCAUUGGAAACUAUGCCGAAGUUUACGACCGGAACAUGGCAAACAUCAUGCCUCGCGAAGGCCGCAACCUCUUGAAUGCAAACCCAGAGACUACGGCACAACACUACAUCCUUCCUGGCGUGUUGGAGUAAAUGAAUUGGUUGGGAAGCAAUGUACCAGUAGGGCUUAAAAAUAUAUAGAAUCGAAGUUUCAGUUUAUGACAUGCAAACUGUAAUGCAGCUUGGGAGUAUUCUCCUCUCUUUCUGCAGUUAGCCUGCGCAAUAGACCACUGCAUCUUGACUCGGACCAGAACUUUUCACAAGGACUCCACACAACUCAUCUCUUAGGUCCUACAGACUUCAGUGAUACUGAGCCAGGGCGGGGAGAAAGAAUGGCCCAAGCAAAGGAAGGCGAGACCACAGAUACUCGCAGGCAAAGCCAGAAAGAAGCCAGAAGAAGUGGUUCAAUGCCCAAGAAGGAGGUAGAUACAGGAUCGCAGAAUUUGACAGCCGGUAACCCUCCACUGCAGCCUUUGGAUCGGCAUGGGGUCCUCGUAUGCGGUAUUGAUAUCCAGUAGGAGCCGAGCAGUAUGCCUUGAGACAAGCAAUCGGAUGCUCCAAGAAGAAUUGGACAAAAUUUGGCUCACACUUGACAUAAAACCGGGCCAAAUAGUUUGCAUAAAACCACGUGCCCCUCGUGUAUUGGGUGCAGUCUUUCUCCAGGCGGUCCUUUGCAAUCACUUUCUUCAUUUCACAUACCGUGGGCAAAUUGCGCUUUCCUGAGACCAGCAAGGCGAACCACCUGGCCUGCAUCUCAAACCCAAGGACCAAAGCACCAACUUGACCACGAGCAAAACCGAUAAAGGCCAUGUCAGGAAGCUGCGGGUGAAUCAUAGCCAGGAAUCGAUCAUCCCGUGGAUUGCUGUCAAAUCCUGGAGCCAGGAAAGGAAAUCUACUGGGCUGAAAACCUGUGUUCAAGAGAAUCUCAUCAUAAUCUCCAGAGGUUCCAUCCUGAAAGAUGAUCUUUCCCACUUUGUCAAUAUGGCCUACCUCUGGUUUGACUUUGGAUGUCUUGCCAUUGAUGAUGUAAAGAAAGUUUUCGCUCUUGGUAACCUGUACAGAGGCACAGAUGGAGCGCUUCCCAGUAAGACAAUGCCACAGGUACUUUGGCGUGAACAGCAACCUGUAUUGGUGAAUGCAGCUUGGCAGAUGAUACACCUUGCCAUCAUAGACCCUUGCAAAGGCCCAAUUGAACAUGAACAUGAAGCCACAAGCAAGCAUAUAUGUGGCCCAACGGAGCCAAGGUGGGCAAGAAUGCAUGCUUCUGUGCUCGACAUAAUCCGGGUGGGCACCAAGUGAGUUGCGCAGAAGGACCAAAACCGCGUUGCGAAUAGACAGGUCGCAUUGAAUGGCUGACUUGGCCACAGAUUGGGCAUUGUCCGAUGCGGUCUCUCCAUGGCCAAUGCAAAGAACUCGCUUCCCAUUGUAGAUCUGUGCCAUUUGCUCUGGGUCGCGAAGCUCCGUGGAAUGGCGGAUACGACCCUUGAAAUGCUCCUGCCCUGGGAUCUUGGGAAUGUUUGGCAUAUUAGCCUGCCCCGAACAAACGGCAACAGCGUCAAACUCGUGGGUAAUGUGUUGUUUGUUCUGAAGCACGGCGACCUCCCAUUUAUCACAUGUGUUUCGUCGAACGGUCAAGACUUCUGUAUUGACCUGGACGUACUGUUUCAAUCCAAAGUGGUUAGCAUAUGCAUCUACAUACUUCAUAAACCCCUCCUGAUGCAUACAGAAAGUUUCAUUGCCACCAAACUCAGGUUGAAUAGGAAAAUCGGAAAAUGCAGUGUUGAGUGCUGAGGAAGAAGUGUAGGUUUCUUCGAGGACUAGUGCAGUUCGUUGAGAAGCACCUUCACCUCUUUGCCACAAGCCUCCAAUGCUAGCCGUCUUCUCAAAAAUGAUGGGACAAUGACCCUCGGCUGCUAGCUCCUUGGCCGUCACCAGGCCUGCACAGCCCCCUCCAAUGAUGCAGACCUUCUUCUUUUCCUUGGCGGGGAGUUCAUCGCUGGGCUCCGUCCGGGGUGCUUUGUAUAGCUUCCAGGCAUAUUCCAACAAAAAGAGAGACAAUAUGGCCAAUGAAUGGUAAAAGUAAGGUCCCGCAAGAUUGCGAAUGAAAUAAAGAGGGAACCCAACAGUGAAGGUGAACAGUGCAAGGUUUGGAAUCAUGGAAACUGCCAUCAUGAGAAGAUUGGCAACAAUGCGAGCUGGCAGAUACUUGAGAUAAGGAGUUGCGAACACGUCCUUAUCCUUAUCCUGCACCAAGAACUCUCUUGUGGUUGGAGAUGUCCUUGGACACUUGGACGAGAGGUGCAGACAGACAUGUUGGAGGAUGGGGGUCGCAACCCCAAAGACCAUGACAGAGACUGCAACUCCAGUUUUCCAAUCGCUCAUCAUGAUUGAAUUGAUUCGAUUGAGUAGAUGAUGAUGGAUUCUGUCCUGCUCCUCCCACAACAAACUUGAGGCAUCCUUUUAUGGUACAUGUAGCUCUGGGUGUUGUUCAAAGAAAUAAGAACAAGCAGCCGGAGGCUGAUGCCCUCAACUGUCAAAAAGAGAUUUGAUUGGUCAAAUCAUUUACCGUGUUCAACUGGACACACUAUUGAUAGCAAGUCUCCAUAGCCAGCCAGUACUGGCACAGUGGUAUCGGUAAUCGGUACCCAUGGGUCCAGAGUACUGUGUCCAACAGAACACACAAUAUAAAUCCCUAUCCUUAACAAGGAAAAUGUCCCUUAUGUCUUUGGAAAAACCUCCACUGUGUUUAUAUGGACACACUAGUGAGUCUGCAUAGCCAGCCAGUACUGGUACCCAUGGGUAGAAACUACUGUGUCCAACAGAACACACAAGAUUACUCCCUAUCCUUAACGAAGCAAGUGUCCCUUAUGCGACGAAAACAGCUGCAACAAACACAC